UGUGACGUCAUAGAUAAUUGCUAUGACCGGAAUGUUAAGAAAUGCUAAAGAUAAUUCGACUUUUGCUCUUCAGUCUGAUUCUUGAUGCUUACUGUGAAAAGGUUCUCGCUGACCCCUACGAACCAGCUGAAACCUGGUUCACAACCCGAUCAUCCAGCACAAACCAAACCAAAGGAUCUUUAGCCCCCAGUAAAUCGACACCCUUCAACAAGGAAAGGGAAUACGCUAAAAUCUUGAACCUUAUCCGGGAUGUCAAAAAAUCAUUGGUAAAAAAUAAUGAAAAAGAAAACACAAAAAGCAGACAAGAGGAAAAGGUGAGAGUAAAUAAACAAGAAAAAUCCAAUUUGAAAAGUGUUCCGUUAUUUCCAACACACAAGAUACAAAAUGUACCCGUCAUUGUCAAAAUGCCUCCGCAUCGGAAACAACAAACAACGGAGAUUCAACAGACAUUGCGACAAGCUGAACAUCAGAAGCUUGUAAACCACAUAAGACACCUACUUACUAAAGAGCGUGAGAAAAUACGACUUGGAAAGCAUGAUCCUAGAACAGGUCCAUUUCAUUACGGCCAAGUUCCAAAGCCAAUUAUAAAGACUGAACCAACCGCAGCAGCCACCAAGGAUGAUGAUAUUGCAAAUGACAAAAGGAAAAUAGAAAAGCAGAUUCUUAAAAAUAAGACCCCUUCAACACGCGAGGAUAGCUUAGCUGACCUGUCUGCACUCGUAGACAAGCUUAGAGUUCUGGCUAAUAUAUCAACCAUCCCGAAAGACGCACCAAAGCAUUCUGAGAUGCAACAGAAGACAACAACUAAAGACAAACCACGUGAUAUUAUGGAGGACCAAGCGUUUUGGGCGGGGCUUGUGAUCGGAUGUGGGGUUGCUGCCUUCUGUUUUGCUAUGUGUUACUUCGUGGCAGUAUUGUACCGAACCUUCAGGCGAAAACAUGAUGGCAGUAGAAAAGCCCUUGACCUGAAUUUUAACUGUCCACCGGAGAGUUACAAAGAACGAUAUUCUACGUUUUCUCGAAUGCACGACCCAAAAACCGGCAAGAAGUAUAUAGUAUUAACGGAUGAAACGAACAAUUACUCCAUAAGCAGCUCAGACACCAGCUCUGAGGAGGAAAUCUACAACGCCUCCAGUCAUAGCCCUGUCACUAAACCUGUCCAUAGCCCUGUCACUAAACCUAGUCUUAACGUUAGUAACAGAAGCAGUAUGAAUAGGACCUCCACACCGAUCAAGACCCCCCUUCGACUGACAAGAAGUGCCCCGGGGUCUCCGUCCGUUCGGAGGAAUCUCAGUCAUUCGUGGACCUCACCCCCGAUAUCCCCGCUAGCCAGCGUUACACCUGUGUUUGCUUCCCCGGUCAAACUCCCUGGAUAAUCUUGAUAAAAAAAUUACUCUCACAAAAGUUGAUAAAAAUUAUGUUCUAUUAUGCAUACAUUCAAUGUUCAAAAUGGUGACUCGUUUCUUGAAUUAAAAAAAAAAAAUCAUUCCAAGUAUCGAUGGAUCUCUGUUAGACUGCUCUCUUCUUUUUUAAUGUACUAUGAAAUACUUUUCAAAUAAGACAAUGCUAAAUUUAUGUAUUUUUCUUUAUUUCUAUUUUACAGAGAGUUUACAAAUUAAAAUUUGAUAUUUAAUGUCAAAUUUA